AUGGACCAUCUGCUUCUUAGGAGGCUGCACAGGAUAACUGCCAUGAGAAUCGUCAGGGAAUACCGAACAGUGUCGCACGCGUCGGCGACCGUUCUGGCCGCGUCUCCGCCGUGGGAGCUCCGGGCUUUGGUGUUCAAGAAGAGGUACGAGCAAAGGGACUCGUCUAAGCAGGCGGCCCCGGACGACCUACGAACCGCCGAGAAGGACGCGUGGGACCAGUGGCGAUCCCAGCUGAUCAGCGAAACAGGCGAACACCGAGGCACGGCGGCAGUUCUCCCAAAUUGGGGUACAUGGAGAAGCCGCGGUCUCCCGCUCACUUACAGAAUGAUCCAGAUACUCACAGGACACGGCGUAUUCGGGGACGACGACAUCUGUCACCACUGCGGGGAAGGCAGGGACACGUCGCAGCAUACGCUGAAGUCCUGUCCGGCGUGGGAGCUGCCCCGCUACACCCUGCGGUAUAUCAUAGGCGAGAGGCUGUCCCCCUCAGCGAUCAUAGCAGCGAUGCUGAGCGGGCCACAGGAAUAUGAGGCUGUCUGCCUCUUCUGCGAGCGAGUUAUACUCGCAAAGGAGCGAGCAGAAAGGGAGAAAAAGAGAAAUUCCCACCCGUGUAAAGUAACGCGAUGGAGGAGGAUGACAGUCAGGCGGCCUAGAGCCCCUUCAUCGCCGCCACAACGAACCGCGAUUAGAACAAGGGACGGCGCCAGGGGCAAUGGCCUUCCCUAG